UCAUGUAUCGGACAUAUUGCAGCGUCACCGCUGGUGCAAAGUGAGGCUGGACAGAUUUUGCCAUUAUUUAACAUGUCCGAAAAUGCAGAGUCUCCCACCGAAAUUCAGAAAGAGGAGCCGUCGACCGUGCCACCUCCUGCGGAAAACUCUGGGACAAAUGAAGAGAAGAAAAAAAUUGACAUCCUGUUGAAGGCGGUGGGGGAUACUCCUAUCAUGAAGACCAAGAAAUGGGCGGUAGAAAGAGGGAGAACCGUGCAGUCCCUGUCCCAGUUCAUCUCUCGCUUCCUUAAGCUGGAGCCAAGCGAGCAACUGUUCAUUUAUGUCAAUCAAUCUUUUGCCCCAUCACCUGACCAAGAAGUGGGUGUCCUAUUUGAAUGUUUCGGCAGUGAUGGGAAGCUGGUUCUUCAUUAUUGUAAAUCUCAAGCCUGGGGAUGAGAUUUUGAGAAGGACCCUCUUUUUUUUUUUUUUUUUCCCUCCUCACUCCCGCCAACAGGCACUGCACACUCUACAGAUGCACGGGCUCACAUUCACACACAAUGUUGUUUUUAUAAUUGU